GCUGAAAGGUCUGGUCGCAGAGGCAGGAACGCGUAAUCCUCAGCGUGCUCCAUCCCGGCAGCAUCCUUCCAGGCUCGGCAGGGCAGCGAGCCUCUGGGCACCAGCCCCUGCUCCGCGGAAAAGCCUGAUGAAGUCCUCCGAUAUCGACCAGGAUUUAUUCACAGACAGUUACUGCAAGGUGUGCAGUGCACAACUGAUAUCUGAAUCUCAGCGUGUGGCCCAUUACGAGAGUCGAAAACAUGCAAGCAAAGUCCGACUGUACUACAUGCUUCACCCCAGGGACGGUGGGUGUCCUGCCAAGAGGCUCCGGUCAGAAAAUGGAAGUGGUGCUGAUAUGGUUGAUAAGAACAAGUGCUGCACACUCUGCAACAUGUCUUUUACCUCAGCGGUGGUGGCCGACUCCCAUUAUCAAGGCAAAAUCCAUGCCAAAAGGUUAAAACUGUUGCUAGGAGAGAAAACUCCGCUAAAGGCCACAGCAACCCCCCUGAGCUCACUUAAGCCUCCGAGGGUGGACACUGCUCCGGUGGUCACAUCUCCCUAUCAAAGAAGAGAUUCAGACAGAUACUGUGGGCUCUGCGCAGCCUGGUUUAAUAAUCCCCUGAUGGCCCAGCAACAUUAUGAUGGGAAGAAACACAAAAAGAAUGCGGCAAGAGUUGCUUUAUUAGAACAACUUGGGACAACUCUGGAUAUGGGGGAACUAAGAGGUCUGAGGCGCAAUUACAGAUGUACCAUCUGCAGUGUCUCUCUAAACUCAAUAGAACAGUAUCACGCCCACCUGAAAGGAUCUAAACAUCAGACCAACCUGAAGAAUAAGUAGUGAAAACAUCAAUCAAGAUGAGAAAAAAAAUAUCAGGAUCUCUCUGCCAUGGAGAAUUACUUAUCAACCACCAGAGGAGAAAUCUUUCUUGAACAAUGAACAUUUUUACGAGGAUUCACAGAUUAACAUGUGACCAAUCUUAGUUUUGGAAAGUAAAUGAGCUUUAUUUAUUUCUUCUUCUUGUUUUUUUUUUGAUUUUGUGGUAAGUUGUGAUGUUUGGAUGGAUUUUUAAAUUAUUUUCUGAUAAUAUAUUUAGCACAUGUUCUAAAUUAUAAUCCUAUACCAAACAGUGAAAGCAUCAUUUAAACUUAAAGACAAUGGAAAAAUCUAAAUCUCCAGUUUAUUCUAGAUUUCUUUAACAUAUAAAAUUAUUCUAUUAAAUCCUGGAUGAUUGUUAUGUAAAGCACCUCUAUCAAGAAAGAAACACUAUUUUUUCAUCAUGUGGAACAUGACUGUGGCAACGUGCCCUAAAUGGGAAAGAAUCACUCACUGGUCCUUCUCAUCUCACCUUACAAAAUGUGAGCCAGCCUUGCCAUCUGAACAGCAAGAAUGAAGAAGGCAAAUAAAAGAAAAAUCCUCAUCUCUGUUUUCUGAUCAUUCAAAAAACAGCUUCUCAAGGUUAAGCCAAAUCCUCUUUGCAAGCUGCCAAAAUAAUAGCUUAGGAAAAGAAUUAGUUUGCCUGCAUGAUGAUCCUCUUAGGCAAAAAUGUCUUCACAGCAGUUGACCUUGAUGAAAUGUUUUCCCAAAGGCAUCCAAAGGAAGAAUUAUAAAUCCCAGAACAGGAGAGAAGUAAAUGAAUAAUUCUUAUGAAGUUGGCCUGACUUAAGGGCUUCGAUGUGGGGUACUAUGAUUUGGAAAUAAGUGGGUGAAUUCUGAAGAAUGACAGCCUUGGGUAUGAUGAGGUCCCCUAUUCCUCUGUUUCUCACUGAAGUGCUCUCUAUGAGCCAGGAUUCAAUCACUUUGGGAAAAACACCAGUGGCCAGUAUGGCAGACUGGAACCCUGUUACUCUGAUGGGGAACAGAGAGAGACUCUGAGUGUAAACCAUAAGGCUCUUUCUCUAGGUUCCAUCUCCAUCAGACUGGAUUCGGUGACUUGCAGGCUGGCUGCAAAGCCAGGCAUUUAGCUUCUACUCAUGAUGCUUCUCAUUGGUCUGGCUGGGGCUGUCCUUUGUAUGUUGUGACUACAGGCAAGUAAUCUGCUGGUGUCAGGGUUUUCUGUCGCCUGUUGUUUUUCCACAGAGAGCCAAGGUGGUUACAACUCAGUGAGCAAUAAAUGAAAUGACUUAGAAACGCACAGUGUUGUUAUUAAGGUGUUUGAGAUUUGGCACCAUUUCCUGGAGGAGGGCCCACUCAGGAGGGACCAAGGUGGCCAGUGUCCAUGACUACAGAAGGAGCAGCCACCCCAACCACAGCUGUCCUGUUGGAAGGAAGAAAGGUGUGAUGGGGAACAAACUAUUUUGCUGUUUUGGAAAGCACACAACUGAGCUGCAAACCUCCUAUGGUGACUUAUGUUCAAAUGUGUAAAAUGAGGCUUUAUUUGUCAAUUCUGCUGUAACAUACGCAACUGUCCUAGUAAAAAAAAAGAAAAAAAGUCUUUGUUUCUCUUUGUGUUUAGUGAGUGAGCUCAUGCCCUCAGGUGUUUUUGUUUUUAAUAACCCAGUAUAGUACAGACGAGUCUAUGAACAUAGACCUCGUUUGCUUUACAGAGAGUCUCUGCCAACCUUGAUAGAUCAGUUUCCAGAUAUAAUAAUCUGAUUAUUUCAGAAUCCCUCAUCUAAGUGCCAUUGCUCCUUGGCAACCUGUCAAGUGACAGUGAAUGCCCUGCCAGAGACGAGGCUUUGUUUGUUUUCAAGUCUCUUUCCUUAUUUUUGCCUGUACAGAGAAGGGAAGUUACCAUUCCAGUGAACCAGGGAGGUGAAGUAUUCAGCUUUAAAGAGGAAGAGUCUAUGAAUAUUAUUUAUAUUUUGGGACAUCUUAAAUGGAAACACCCCUGCUUGGGAAGCUAGCUGUUUGUUGUCAUUAUUGUUCUUUUAUCUUUUUGGUGUAUUGUAUUUGUUUCAUUAGGUCGUGUCUUGCAUUUCACUUUCACUAUGAACGAACAGGAGUGAGAGGUAAAUAUUUUCAAAGAGACAAAUUAAGUCUGGUGCAGAGAGAGGGAGAGCCUUGCAGACCUGACCUGAUGGAGCUGCUCUGGCAGGGCCGCCGGGUUACAGCAGAGAUUCCGGGAGAGACGAAGACAGGUCCAAGAACUUCCUGUAAAACCUCCAUGCGGGAGAACUAGAGGUGAACCCGAUGUUCAAUAUUUAAACUUCCAGAGUACAUGUAAGAACGUCAACUAAACUGACCCACCACUGCCCAUUCGAAGUGUUGUUCCAGUGAGGGAGAAAUGAUUCAAAAUUAACCUAACACACAAGCCUAAUGGCAUCCCUAUAGUACAGUAAAAUUUUUGUGUUUAAAGAAACACUUGCUAAGUGGUUGAAAUAGUUUAGGUCUUCUUAUAGAGAUAAAAUACCCCUAUAGUCCUGGUCAUGCAAUUCACUUAUUUUCUAACGAGUUUUCCUUCAAGUACAGAGGGGAGCUUCAGGUUAGCACUAGUGCCGGUGGCCACACAGGCCAUGGUUGUGAAACCCAAAUUAAUGAGUUUUCCUUACAUGUAGUCUUCACAGCCAAGUGCGCUAAUAAAUGUGAUCAUAAAGCAAUCUGCUAAGUGGAGAGGACUGCAGUGAUCCCUCCUGCUGAUCAAAGUGGCAAUAAAACCCUCAUCUGCAAUUGCUUGACGACAAAGACCAAUAAGAUUUGUUUUUUCAUCUGCCUCUUAGAUGACAUAUAAACAUAAAUUGGAACUGCAAGAGUCUUUAUACUUUCCUAUUAAAGUGACUUUACUAGACCAAUCAGACUAAGAGAAGGAGAAUAUGAAAUAGAUGAAAAAUGUGAAUACUCCCACAGGGAAAUUUGAGCCCUGGGAGCUGGGGGAGGGCACACCUCCUCCAAAGCUGAUCAGUUAAGUGAGGUAUUUUUGACAGGUUACUGUGAGCACAGCAUAUUAGAACUCCAAUGAGGAAAUAACAUUUCUAAGCUGUCAGGUAAUAAAAUAACCACCCUCUCUACAUUCCAUCCAUGCUAAAUAUGCAUUGCUUGUUUGACCAGCUUGUACAAAAAAAUUUGAUUGUUGUUCUUUUGUGACCAAAAUUGUUGUCCUUUUGUGGGAACAGAUCUCUUCUUUCUCUGCUUCUUACCUAAUUUACUCUUACUAAAGUCAUGCUAAACUACCUCAUAGGUAUGUGGUGUGGAUGAGCUAAGUAAUAAAUGUCAAG